AUGGGUGGGAGAAAUCACUCGGUGGUGUCUGAGUUCCUCUUGUUGGGAUUUGCUAGUUCUUGGGAGAUGCAGAUCCUUCUUUUCCUAUGUUUCACGAUAUUUUAUGUAGCAAGUAUGCUGGGAAACCUGCUCAUUGUGUUCACAAUCAUCUCAGAUCAUCGCUUACAUUCUCCCAUGUACUUUUUGCUGGCAAAUCUCUCCUUCAUCGACACGGGUGUUUCCAGCAUUGCAACUCCAAAAAUGAUUUAUGAUCUUUUCCGAACACAUAAGGUUAUUUCCUUGAAAGGCUGCAUUACACAGAUGUUCUUCAUUCACACUGUUGGGGGUACAGAGAUGGUGCUUCUCAUCGUCAUGGCUUAUGACCGAUACAUUGCCAUCUGUAAGCCCCUUCACUACCUGACCAUCAUGAGCCUGAGAAUGUGCAUUUUCCUUUUGGCUGUUGCUUGGACCAUUGGCCUCAUCCAUUCUGUGGCCCAAUUGGCAUUUGUUGUAAAUUUACCCUUUUGUGGCCCCAACAAAAUGGACAGCUUUUAUUGUGAUUUUCCUCGCUUUAUCAAACUGGCAUGUACAGAUACAUAUAGACUUGAGUUUUUGGUCACUGCCAACAGUGGUUUUAUUUCCAUGGGCACCUUCUUCAUUUUGAUUGUGUCUUACAUCUUCAUCCUAGUCACUGUUCAUAAACAUACUUCAAGUGGUUCUUCUAAAGCUCUCUCAACUCUCUCAGCACACAUCACAGUGGUGGUCUUUUUCUUUGGCCCUUGCAUUAUUGUCUAUGUAUGGCCAUUCCCUACCUUGCCUAUUGAUAAAUUUUUAGCCAUCUUUGAUGCCCUCAUCACUCCUUUUAUGAAUCCUAUCAUCUAUACACUUAGAAAUAAGGAGAUGAAAAUGGCAAUGAGCAGGCUGUUUGGUAAGGUUGUAAGUCUCAGGAAGAGACUAGGCAAUACAAGUUAA